UAGCUGAUAACACUCCACCCGCCCGACCUUUGGACGCAUAUUACUGCUGUGUCAUUCCUCUGGAGAGGAACUAUAUAGCUGCGGGACCUCUAGUAAAUUAUCACAGGUAAGCAGGCUGACGUCAAAAUGGUUAAGGCAAAGAAGUGGAUCCUUGCAACAAAGUUUGAUGGGGAGCCAAAGGACUCCAACUUCAAGCUUGAAGAAGAGGACCUGCCUGCAUUGAAAGAUGGAGAAUUCAUCUGUGAUGCAGUAUAUCUCAGUGUGGAUCCAUACAUGAGGGCGCAUGUUUUCCCCGUCGGUAGUGUCAUCAUUGGCGAACAGGUAGCACGGGUGACGGAGAGUAAAAGCAAGGACUACCCUGUAGGAUGCCUGGUCCAGAUGUAUGCGGGGUGGCGUUCACGUACACUGGUGGACCCUAAAAAUUUAAAAGCCAUGGAAACAUUACUUCUUCUGAAAGUGCCAGACCUUGGAAAACUAGCGCCAUCCCUCGCACUUGGUGUCCUGGGCAUGCCAGGGAUGACAGCCUAUUUCGGGUUCCUGGAACUCUGUCAGCCUAAGGCUGGAGAGACUGUGUUGGUCAACGGUGCCGCGGGGGCAGUGGGCAGUGCUGUCGGACAGAUCGCCAAGAUCAAGGGGUGCAAGGUGAUUGGCUUUGCUGGAUCAAAGGAGAAAUGUGAUUGGGUAAAGAGUCUUGGAUUUGAUCACGUGUUCAACUACAAAGAAGCAGACAUCAGCAAGUCCCUGAAAGAGGCGGCCCCUGAUGGAAUUGACUGCUACUUUGAUAAUGUGGGAGGAGACUUCACGUCUAAAGCACUCCAACACAUGAAACUGUUCGGUAGAAUCUCUGUUUGUGGUGGUAUCUCAAUCUACAAUGCCACACAACCACGACUCACUCCAGAUCCGUUCAUGACGAUCUUAUCCAAACAACUUAAAGUGGAAGGUUUCAUAGUGAUGCGGUGGUGGGCAAAAUAUCCGGAGGGCAAAGCUGACAUGAAGAAAUGGAUAGACGAAGGCAAGAUCAAGUACAGAGAGACGGUCAAAGAUGGUUUCGAGAACAUGCCCCAGAUCUUCAUGUCUUUGUUGAAAGGAGCCAACAUUGGGAAGAUGAUCGUUAAAGCCUAGACCAGCCAUUUGAUAACUGAGUGUUGGCAUUUCAUUCCGCAUCAAUUCAUGCUUAUGUAUACAUAGUAUUUGCAUUUAAUGUGAAACUACGUUAUAGUGACGCCGUGGCUAAAUCCAUUAUUGUGAUAAUGUAGGUGUGCGGUGCAUAUAUUGAGAUUUGUAACUCAAGAGACAUAUAUACAUAAGCCUAGACCAAUCAUUUGAUAACUGAGUGUUGGCAUUUCAUUCCGCUCGAAAUCAGUUUGAACACUACUGCACCAUCGUGACAUUCCUACUUAUGCUGAUAUCAUGCAGAUGUAGUGUUUCGUGAAGUGAACACUGCUUGUGUGGAUGGAUGCAUUAUUGUACUAGCCAGCUGAAUGCCUGUGUAUAUAUGCGGCAUUUGGAAAACAUUCAGCAUCAACAUACCAUACGCUCUGUCCCAUAACAUAUACUGCUCAAACGAAAUGGGCAGGCCAAGCCAUGACAAAUGAGUAAUAUUAAGAAAUUUGGUGUUCAUUAACUUCUUCACAGUAGUUUAUAUAUGAGAUGGUAGGGAAAAAAUCUUCUUUUGUCGUAAAUUGCUUGAAAAAAAAGUGACAUAACGCCAUUAUUAUUCUGAAGUCCAGAGGUUUUAUAUAGACUGAUCGUUUUGUUUGCAUUCCACAAAAUUACAAGUUAUGCCAAAACUUCAUCAAAUUUGCCAUUCGAAAAGUUGCUUCAUGUGAAACCCUUAUGGUAUGCCAGAAAUGUGGGUUCGAAUCCCGAUUCGCCCUGAUUAUGUUUCUAGUUUUUCAGUACCACACCUGUCUGAGACGUAGAGCUGUAUCACUUCGGGCCUCCAACACACGUGAAGGUGUCACGCUCUGACAUAACUGAAAUACUGUUCAAAGCAGUAUCAAACCCAGCUCAGACACUACCAGUAAACCAGUCUGUAUAAAGAAUCAUAGGUACCCAGUACUGCCAAUCUGUGGACAUUAAACGUCUCAGUUAUUGUCCUGGAAACGGAUGUUUCCAGACCGAAGACGUUUCUUUGUACAUUGUUUCCAUUCUGGCUAUAAACAUGUCCGUCCAAGUGUUGAAUAAAGAUCGAUAACAAGUA